GCAUUCUAACAGAACGCCAACUAGCACCUUGCGCGCAUCGCGACAGCAAUUAGCCCACCGGUGCCAAGGCCGGCGACAAAAACAAGCGGGUGAGAAGAUUUGUCUCGCUGCUUGGGAAAGCGACGGCCGAACCGCGGCCAGUCGUGCUCGUCGUUCGUCCCAGGUUCGACUGGGACACGGUGUGUGUGUGUGUGUGUGCCAUGAAUUUCUCCACCGAACACGCGUUGCACGCGCCAUGGAACGAAUCAUCAUCCGCGGCAGACGACGAAAUUCUGAUCUGCGACGGUGCGUCCACCAUCAUCCCGGAAGGUAUUGCGAGCGCCCGGUUCCAGGUGGUCGUGUGGCUGGCGUACACCGCCAUCCUUGCCGCCUCGCUCGUCGGCAACUGUUCCGUGCUGGCGAUCGUCGCCAGCCAGCCGCGGAUGCGCACCGUCACCAACCUGUUCCUCGCCAACCUGGCGCUCGGCGACCUGCUCAUGACGCUGUUCUGCGUGCCGUUCUCGUCCGUGUCGCUGUUCGUGCUGCAGUACUGGCCGUUCGGGGCGGCCCUCUGCCAGACGGUCAACUACUUCCAGGCCGUGUCGGUGCUCGUGUCCGCCUACACGCUCGUGGCGCUUAGCGCCGACCGGUACCGGGCGAUCAUGUGGCCGCUGCGGUCCCGCCGGCGGCCGCCACGGCGCCCCAUCGCCCUGCUGCUCAUCGGGCUGGUGUGGGUCGGUGCGGCCGCUACCGCGCUGCCCAUCCCGCUGCACUCCGCGCUGGUGCAGCCGAGCGCCUGGCAUGCCCACUGCGGCCAGGCCGUCUGUACCGAGGUGUGGCCCGAUGCGACCGCCGACCGGGCCUACUCGCUGACGCUUGCGCUGGCGCAGUUCGCGCUGCCGCUCGGCACGCUCGUGUACACGUACGCCUGCAUCGGGUGGCGCGUCUGGGCCCGCAGCACCAACCGCACCGGCCUGGUGCCGCCCUCCUCCAACUCGGGGCGCCAGUUCCGCCGGGCCCGCCGGCGCACCGUCCGGAUGACGCUCGCCGUGGUCGCCGCGUUCGUCGUCUGCUGGCUGCCGUUCAAUGCGCUGCUGCUCGCCCCGCUGGACGACCCGAGCUGGGCGCCGCUGCCGUACCUGUGGUUCGCCUGCCACUGGCUCGCCAUGUCACACUGCUGCCUGAAUCCGCUCAUCUACUGCUACAUGAACGCAAAGUUUCGGGCCGGCUUUCGGGCGCUGCUGCUGCGACCGCUGAUGCGGGUGGUGGUGUGCAGAAGCAGACGCACCGCCACUACCUGCUGCUGCCUGCGUCACCGGGCCAGCACGACGGUCAGCAGCGAACGGUUGCCGGUUGGAGGAGGAGGAAGGUGUUGUGCAGCAGCAGCAGCAGCACCAGCAGAGAAUGUCGAGCUGACGACGACCCACAGCAGAAAAAUUGAACCCGUGACGGAAGAGGAGCAUUUAUAGGGGUUUUGUUUUUGGUUGGCUGUAGUUAGUGAGUGAUUCAAUACAACCAUUCCCCUUCUUUAUCAUUUGGAAAGUAUCCGUUUUUUUUAGUGUCUUGUUAUUACAAAUGCGAAAGAAGUAGUGAGGGGAGUAGUAAAUAAUACUUCCAUAAAUCGCUUAGGCAAGUAAAAACCAGUUUUAAAGAUGGUUAACAGUGACACUCGGUUCAAGGCUCGAACGGCAGCGCGCUCAGUUCUCAGCACCGCCGUCCUACCGAUUGCGCCAUUCGUGCUGUGCGACAGUGCAGCCACUAAUUGUCGCUUUUAUUUUGUUGCAUUGCGUGUUGCGUGUUGCGUGAGAGAACAUUAGUGCGAAUGGGGCAUUCAUUUUAGAAACUAAAACGCGCAUUCUUCUACUACGUUUAGCGAUGAGCGAUUCCAUACAAAAAAAAAUAAACAAUUUAAUGCAGAAUAAAAUAAGAACUCCCCUCCAAGGUGCAAGAAAGUCCGGUUUCGGUCAAGUGAGUGUGUGGACGGACCACCUUUCUCUCUGGUGUGCUCGAUCUUCUUGGGUUUUUCUUCU